AUGGACGCAGAGAAGGAGGCGGCGGCCGUCCGACCCGGAGCCCGGUGCGGGCGACCGUCUUCUGGGGCUGAGGCUGCGGUGGGGACGACUCAGAGGCCCGGCGAGGGCAGGGCUGCUCCGGCUGCUGUGGGGAUUAGCGCCCGCCACGGCCGCGGACUGGCUUCCAUCACCGCCGACCUGCCCCGGCCGCCAUGUUGGGAGGAAACGACGCGUCACGCAGCGGCCGAACGGCUGCAGAGGAGGAAGCGGCGGCGGCGGCGCCGCCUGCCCAGAGCUGCCGUGGCGCCCGGAGGCAGGGGGCGGAGGGCGGCGCGCGUGGCGGGGCCCGAGCCGCAGCGCUACGGCGGCCCGGCGGGGUCUCGCCGCCUCCUGCGUUCGUCUACGGGCGGCGUGGGGCGUGGCGGGCGCCCUGCGGCUCCGAAACUCGCCCGCGGUGCUCCUCCCGGCGGCCGGGCGGCCGAACCGGAGACCCCGGUCCUGCCUAGUCCAGCGGGUUUGAUAGCAGUGCCUGCUGCUCUGCACCGGCGUCUCUGGCUUUUGGGAGAUCCCGUCCGAGGGAGCGCAGUCUUCCUCAGAGAAACGACAGCGUCGCCCAUUCUCAGUCCCGCCGGGUUCCACCUGCCGCGAGAGGACUCAAAAUUCCGUUUCUAUGCACACGAAAUUGCUGUCCAGGACCGUGCCCUCCGACUGCCCCGGCGAGGAUUCUCUGCUGGGAAAAGAAAAUGGAUGCACUUUGAAGACGGAAAUGUGGAGUGA